AUGUGCAUGAGACCUGAAAUACCAAGUGGGCAGGAGGAACCUCAGCAUUUCCCAUGCCAGCUGCGUGCCUGGGGCUGGGCCUCACAUGCCAUCUUAAUAAUACUCCAGCCUUGGGCAGUAGUGACUGAAAGUUACCUCCAUCGGAGGACUCUUUUUUUUGCCGAGGGUGACAUGAAUUUGGUGGAUCUCAAAUCAUUUCACAGCAUGGAAAGCAACCAUGUCACAAUUGGCUUUAAGUGGGUGCCCCAGUCAGUCAAGAGUCCAAACAUCACAGAGUCUGAACUGUUACCUCUAACAGAAUCUCCAGGGGAGCACAGUGGCUGUUGGCAGGGGGUAGAUGAAGCUUUGGAUAGAGUGGGCUGCACUGGCUGUGGGUUUUCUCUCACCGAGGAUGGUGUCCCAAAAGCCUUCUAAACCUAGUGUAACAUUUCAAUGGCUACCCAGAUGACUGAUGGUCAUCGACGGUUCCUGCAGGUGCUGAUGUCCCAUGGAAUAAUGGAAGGAUCGGUGGCUAGAACAUUACACAGGGACUGCUGUGAAAUCCAUAAAGUCUACCAUGCUCAUGAUAAAUUGGAUGACUUCAUCAACGUUGUUAACAUCCAUCUACAGCCUUUCUUUAUGCAGAUCCGGAAGGGAAUGUCUGAAGAUGAUGGGAGAACAUAUUACGCAUUGGUGAAUCUGGCAGAAACUGAAAUAUCUAAGAUGGCAUCUGACUAUACAGAAAAUGAGUUAGAAUUGUUCAGAAAAACUAUGGAUGUGAUCAUCAUAUCAGAAAGUGGCUUUGCAUCUUCCACAAAUAUUUUAAACCUGGCUGACCAACUUAAAACAAAGAAAAUGAAGAAAAAGGAAGCAGAGCAAGUGCUGCAGAAUUUGGUGCAGGAGAAGUGGCUCUCUGAACGAGAUGGGGAGUACACGUUGCACACUCGCUGCAUAAUGGAGAUGGAGCAAUACAUCCUCAGCAACUACCAAGACUUGGUGAGGAAAUGUAACAUCUGUCACAGCCUCGCCAUCCAGAGUCAAGUAUGUGAAACCUGUGGAAUUGGAAUGCACUUGCCUUGUGCUGGAAAAUAUUUCAAAGCUCAGACGGAACCACACUGUCCCCACUGCAAUGAGUUUUGGCCACAUGAGAUUCCAGAGAUAAAUCGGCCAGAUUCCCAGUUGCCUUCAAGUGCCCCAAGGGAGAGGAGAAGAACCUCAUCUUCAGGAACAAGGCGGCGUUAGAAAGACCAGCUUCAGUUAAAGCGGCCAUUUUCUUUCACUGUCUUAAAGAUUAGCCCAAUUGCAGUUUACUUCGUUAGUGUAAAAUGUGUCAUUCUGAAAGUAGGAAUGCCUAGGGAACAAAGUCAACUUUCUUUCUAUGGUUUGUUUUUACUUAGCUAAAAUCUUGCUCGAAGUUUGAAAAUAAAACUGUUCUGACCUUG